UUGCUUUCGCCCUUGGUGUUCUUGCGCAAAAUGGUCCCCUUCUUGGCGACACUACACAGUCUCUUGCUCUUGUAUUCUCGCCAGCCUUUCUGCCGCUCGAAACAACUCCUCAGACAUACCCAAACUACACUCUGCCCCCAGUCCAACCGUCAUGGGCCCCUCCAACAAAUCCUUCCAAUUAUACCUUAUUAGUAUUUCCAACGACAAACACUUCUCCAGAAGCGGCCGUCAACCUCUCCCCUCAGGCUUUACGCACAGUUAGCGGAGUGAUGGAGCUGGCAAGCAAUGCAACAGACUCCAGCCUUGUCCUUCGUGAUCCCUUGGACGGCUGGAGGCGACAGUGGUUGGUUGGUGGACUGGAGCCCUCGACAAAUUACACUUGGUUUGUUGUAGACGAUCAGACUCAAGUUGUGCAUGGACCAGUUUAUUUUCUCACCAAAAACGGUCUGUGUGGUUGAUACUCAGGGAUGUAUGACUCAUCAACCACGUAGUGUCUUUUCCUUGUGCAUUAGUGCACUCACUUCCGUACUGCCCGUUCGUUUCGUACGCAGUGGCCCUUCCUCCUCCUACACAGGCAGAGCCCGCGCAACCGGGAACAUCGCUCACACGGCAAACGUACACUGCGGACGAUCUGGCCGGAGAAUACACCGCCAUUAUUCUCUCAAGCCUUGGUAACUUCUCCAUGACUCUUUCAUCCUUCGCCUGUGGGCGAGAUGUCUAUUCUCCCUUGAAAACUUGUGAAGACUGCCUCGAUGCGUACCGCGAUUGGGCCUGCGCGAUCUCCUUUCCUCGAUGCGCCAAUACGGACGCUUCUGCCGUUCCUCCCCCUCCAUUACCUCCCCCUGCAGUGAUGCCUCGCGCGAAUACCUCCCGAAACAACUUCCCAACCCUAAACCGUACUUAUUCCGAGCUUCUGCCAUGCAUCGAGACGUGCACCAUUGUCGACCGCUCAUGUCCAUACUUCCUGCAAUUCGCCUGCCCUCUGCCCGGUGUUACGGCAGAAUUCAGCUAUGGCGUUAACUUCGUCGACGAUGCGUCCAAUGGGGGACAGAAUAGGGGUGAGCCUGGGGUGUCGGAAAAGUGGGGCUACGCCUGGUGUAAUGCAGGGACCGUGUACAGAUUCUAGCCAUUGUGUUUAGUAUUUUCCAUAAUAACCAUGUGACUCUGACCACAGUUAUAUAUGC